GGAGAGCAUUCCUGGGAACUGUCAACAUACAGGAGAUAAAAUAGGCCAUACUGCUGAUACGUUGCUGGAUUAUGAUAGAGGAGAAGAAGCUGCAGCAGUAAAUGUAUUGGCUUCUAUUUCAUGCAUGCUGGCAUUUGAGAAGAGAAUGGAUCAGUAGCAGAUGAUGGCUCCGCAGUUAAAGUAAAACUUGAGGAUGGAAAAGAGACGUGGAGCAAUUUCCUAUGACAGCUCUGAUCAGACUGCGUUGUACAUUCGUAUGCUAGGCUCUUGUGUAAUAUUCAAACAGCUGAGCACAAGAGAUGUGCGAGUAAGAAGUCGGGCAGGAUUUGAAACAGAGAGAAGAGGUUCUCAUCCAUACAUUGAUUUCCGUAUUUUUCACUCAAAUUCUGAAAUCGAGGUCUCUGUGUCUGCAAGAAAUGUGAGAAGGUUGCUUAGUUUCCAGCGAUACCUGAGAUCUUCCCGUUUUUUCCGUGGUAUCACUGUUCCAAAUUCUUCAAACAUUUUAGAUGAUGAUUAUAAUGGACAAGCAAAGUGUAUGCUGGAGAAGGUUGGAAAUUGGAAUUUUGAUAUUUUUCUUUUUGAUAGACUGACAAAUGGAAACAGUCUAGUCAGCUUAACGUUUCAUCUGUUUAAUCUACAUGGACUAAUUGAACACUUCCAAUUAGAUACGAUGAAACUUCGUAGAUUUUUGGUUAUGGUUCAAGAAGAUUAUCACAGUCAAAAUCCUUAUCAUAAUGCAGUUCAUGCUGCUGAUGUGACUCAGGCCAUGCACUGUUACUUAAAAGAGCCCAAGCUUUCCAAGUCUUUGACUCCAUGGGAUGUCCUGCUUAGUUUAAUAGCAGCUGCCACACACGAUUUGGAUCACCCAGGCGUUAACCAACCUUUCCUAAUUAAAACAAAUCAUUAUUUAGCGACUUUAUAUAAGAAUACCUCAGUAUUAGAAAACCAUCACUGGAGAUCGGCAGUGGGGUUGCUGAGAGAAUCUGGUUUAUUUGCACAUAUGUCAUUAGAAAACAGGCAGCUGAUGGAGAGCCAGAUAGGUGAUCUCAUUCUUGCCACAGACAUCAGUCAACAAAACGAGUACCUGUCCAUGUUCCGAUCCCAUUUGGAUAGAGGAGAUCUAUGUUUGGAGAACGCAAACCAUCGUCACUUCAUCUUACAGAUGGCUUUGAAGUGUGCAGAUAUUUGUAACCCCUGUCGGACAUGGGAGCUGAGCAAGCAGUGGAGUGAAAAAGUAACGGAGGAGUUCUUCCAUCAAGGUGAUAUUGAAAAGAAAUAUCACUUGGGUGUGAGUCCACUUUGUGACCGACAGACAGAAACUAUUGCCAACAUCCAGAUUGGUUUUAUGACUUACUUAGUGGAACCACUGUUUGGGGAAUGGGCCCGGUUUUCCAACACAAGGCUGUCACAGACAAUGCUUGGCCACCUGGGACUGAACAAGGCAAGCUGGAAGGGCGUGCAGAGGGAACAGUUGGGCAGCGGUGACGAUGUUGACGCCACUUUUGAGGAAAUGGACUCAGACAUUUUACCUCAGGAACCUCGAUUGUCCUGACCUCAAUCUCCAUGACAAAGCUGCCUCUUCCCUCGGUAUCUGCACGGCUGGAUUAAAGGAGACACAUGCCAGCCCAAGGUUUUGGUAGAAUGGUAAAAUGAUGCCAGCAUUAUUUAUUUCCAAGUUUUCCUUUGACACAGACCAUUUGACCCAGAAUUUUUUUAAGCCGCCAGAUCUGAACAUAGAGCAAUAUGCACCCGCCUCAGUUGGUUGUUGUUUGGAACCUCGAAUAUGCAAAGCACAGCAGUGACUGAGCCUUGGAGCAACAGGAUGAAAGCUUCAUCGUGCCCCAUGGCUUGGGUUUUCUCAUGAUAUUUGGAAUACGGUCUUCAAAUCUAAGACUUGACAUGGAUUGUUCCACUCCCUUGGAAUUUAGCAAGACUUGCAUAAAUGUGUUCAAAGCAUACCUUCCACUCAGUCCCUGUUUUAAUACGGAAAUGUGAAGUGCCCAUCCUCUGCUGCCUCUGGCAAGACUUGAUGUUUACAAAUGUACUCUGAAACUGUCGGUUCUAGACUUAACCUUUGCGCAUGGCUGUGAAGGAACCACUAACUUGGGUUUUUUGCUUUUUUAAAAGAAAAAGAUCAAAUUUGAGACUGCAGCUCUUCUUUCUUUGGAUGCCAGAAAAGCCUCCCAUUUGCCAUAAUUUUGUUUGUGCACUGGGAACUGAGCAUUCAUCAUAGAGCACAGCCAAGCUUUACUCCAGUGCUAUAUGAGAAUGCAAUUUUUUAAUGGCAAAAACACACUUCUGAAUCUGGGAA